UACAAGAAACAUUAAUUUUUCCUCAUUUCAUUUGUCUUAUUCUCAUAUUUUCAGCGCACGUCAUCUGCUCUGCACCGAGAUUGCUCCGAUGCACACUGGGCGCAGCCUGAGUCCCCCAGCGGUGUCUAUGAGGUCUUCCCAACCUUCGAUAUUAAGGAUCCUGUCAAUUGUUACUGUGAUAUGGGCCAGCCCGGUGCCAAAGACACGGGAGGCUGGACGGUCAUUUUGAGGCGCCGGAAUACCACUGACGGAUUGGUGGACUUCAACAGGACCUGGAGUGAGUACCGUACUGGCUUUGGGGAUCCUGGCGAGGGAGAGUGGUGGUUCGGGCUGUCUCAUCUCCAUGCUCUUACCUACCGUCAGCCCUACGAGGUGGACCUUCUCCUCCGCGACAUUGAAAAAGGAACCUUCCACGCCCAAUACUCAAGCUUCAGGGUGGAGGACGAGGCGCAUAAUUACAAAUUGAUCUUAGCUGGCUUCUCUGGAAACCUGACUCAUGACGCCCUCACCUCCAAGCAUCAUGGUUCACCCUUCAGCACCUGGGAUAAAGACAACGACUCCUGGGGAAGUGGUAACUGCGGCAAGAGUAACGGAGGUGGCUGGUGGUUCAACAACUGCCACUUCACCACGCUGACAGCACCUUUUCCGACAUCCGCGGAUCGAAACGCGAGAACUAUUCGCUGGCUAGAGGACGACUGGCUGGUGUUGGAUGAUGUAACUUUGAAAAUACGACCUUUCAACUACGCGGAGAGGUUCAACGUUCACAAUUCGGGUUAAGGAAGAAGUACGUCUUUACAUGUGUAUCUUUAAUGGAGGAGCAAGUAAACUCAACUGCCCUAACCUUUAACGAUCAUGAUUAUUAAAAUGUCAGAUGUCACAAUUAUUUUGGGAAUUAGAUUCUCUCUCUCUCUCUCUCUCUCUCUCUCUCUCUCUCUCUCUCUCUCUCUCUCUCUCUCUCUCUCUCUCUCUCUCUCUCUCUCUCUAUCAAUAUUUUUUUAAUUAAGACUAUUUGAAAAAAAUUAUCUGUAAAUAUCGUGAGACUACAUACUUCAGAGGGAUGUGGUUUUGACGCAUCAAAAGGUAAAUUAAACCGUUAAUAUUUUA